CAUCGUGAAAAGAAGAGAUUUAUAUCUUGCAGUUAUAAAGAAUCAUACAUUAUUUAUAUCUGCCAAGGUUAACAGUUGUUUUGACUGCUUUAUUUAUAGAACCCGGAACAUUGAAUUCGGAUGUCUAGCAACUUUUUGUGUCAAUGAAAGGACCAGGAAAACAGCUCCUGUUACAUCAAAUUUGCCUUCCUACAUUCACGCAUGCGGACGUAAUACUUCCAGCGUUGUCUAUGGUCAAUGCAUUGUAGACAACAUCGAUAAUUUAAAGAGUAUGAUUUGCAAUGAAGGAUUACCAGAAUUUGAUGUUCCUCCCAGUGGGUCACUAACUAUUGACAAAUUAGUUAUUUACGACACAAAUAAUUUAAAAUGGAACGUGACAGAUGUAAAAAUGAGAGGUUUUUGUGAUUUGAAUGUAAACUCUAUUAACGUAUCUACCGAUAAGCUUCAUUUCAAGAUUGAUAUGAUGUCUGAAAAUAUUAUCCUAGACGCUAUGUAUAACUUCGAUAUACAAUUACUGGUGCCACUCGCUAACAAAGGACUAAUUCACGUUACUUUAGAUAACUCAACCAAUAAGGUGGAUGUAGAAUUAAAAGAGGUAAUGAAGAAUGGUGUAACAGAAAUAUACGCAUCGAAAAUAAAAUCGAAGAUAGAUGUUAUAAAAUUCAGUUUUGAAUUUAAUGACGAGGAGGAGGGCUCAUCUCAACAACUACAUAAAAUUCUUUCCCAAAUUAUAAACGACAACUCCAAAGAGAUUAUAAAUAUGUUUAAACCAAUAGUGGAAGAGAUGAUAUCUAAAUUGAUUCUGUCAAUUUUUAACAAAAUAACUUAUAAUAGAUUUAAGCAAUUGUUUCCUGAUGAAGCUUGAAAACUUUGGCUAUCGGAUUUGUUUUCACUAUUUUUUUUACGCAACAACGUACAUUUAUAUAGAAUAGUCUGAAAAAUGUAUUUAUAACAAUUAAAUGAUGUUUUCUUUUAUCAUCUAAUUUACAUAAAUUAAAAUAUUUUGCUAAUUUUACAUUUCAACACUUUUUUGAAACAUGAAGUGCAUGUUUUCCGAUGAAUUUUUGAUAGUGAAAACAAAUCCGAUAACCAAACUGUAAAUGUAAUGUACUUAUUGUUAGUAUCUUUCUGAUACGAUUAUUCAAAUAAAAAUGUUUAUUUGUGAUAA